AUGUGUGUGUGUCGGAUUCAAGUACGUAAUAGAAUGGCGUUAUUGUUGGAGACGCAGCUAUGGGACGACCUCGAAAGUGCACCCAAAUGGCGGAGGCAGCAGGAUGGAACGCGACGCCUCUCUCUCUCUGUGCUUGCUCGUCGUCGUUCACAACGUGUUCUCUGCCUGAUAUUUGAAAACCCUAUGAUUCAAGAACCAGCGCAAAAUCCUCAACGUAGACGACGGAAAUGUGUGGAAGAUGCUGAGCGAAAAGCGAAAGCAACCGACGAACAGAGUGCUCCAAGUUCAGAGUCAAACACCAAACGUAAAUCGCGACGCCGUAAUGAACGAGAAGACCCUGGAGGUGAAGAAGGGGAAAAGGACCAUUCCCAAACGGACCGCAGCACUGAAGACGAAGAAAAACGCAUUGCUCGACUGGAAGCGAACGCCAAGCGGCAACGCCUUCGACGCGAAAAUGAAACCGCUGAAGAACGUGCGGCUCGUCUACGAGCUAAUGCAAUACGUCAGCGGAAACGGCGUCAGCAAGAGACCUCAGAAGAGCGAGCAGCUCGUUUACAAGCGAAUGCUUUGAGGCAGCAACGACUCCGUUCAAAAGCGGUGAGUCCGAUAGCGCGUUCGGAAAAACAAGAAAACGAUCCACCAUCAUCGGAAAAACAAGAAAACGAUCCACCAUCAUUGCCUAGCUUAAUACCGCCAGAAGUGAAUGUUUGCAUUGAAGAACAGCAGCCACCACUUCCCUUUCAAUUUUCCACUCCUUGUGUAUCUAAUGAUAUUUUUACGUGUCAGCAAUAA